GCAGUCCUUUGUGUCAUCACAGACCUACACACACGGCUUUCCAGGGGGAGAAUGGUUGUCAAGGUUGGAGGGAGCUUUGCAUACUUGCCGGGCGACGGCCUGCUUACGUUCGAGGACCACGUGCAGACUGUCGGCGACCUGAAAUCUGCAAUUUUCUCGGAGACAAACAUUCCGGUGAUCCACCAGCGCAUCUUCACCAGCGGGGGACGCCUGUGCGACGAUGAUUCCGCGAUAUUAGAGGCUCACAAGCCGAAUCCUGAUGGUGGCCACAAGAUGUUUAUGUUAGUGUACGAAGAGAGGGACAAGAGGUUGGAGUCUGGAGCGAGGAGACGAGAAAGCAACGACAACACCAAUGCCAACAGCGAUAGCAACCUUCCGCCCGAACCACACACCGCCGACACCCCCCCCUCGAAGAGAGGGCUGCGCGGUCAACCAGAAGGAAGGAAAAUAGGGAACAAUUACUGAUGCUGUGCUGUAGUUCACUACUGUGUUGGUACGCGAUCAGUUGGAGAAAUUUUGGGGCUCGGAUAGGGAGAAGAUGUGCAAGAAGUUAGUCGGUACGGCUGCCGAUCUUGUAUGUGUGGUCUAAGCGAUUGUGUAGACAUGCAGAGUGGCUGCCGGUCUUGCAUGUGUGGGUUAGGUUGGACGGCGCUGUCGUAUGAGGUAGGCGCGUAGCGUAGUACCCCCCCCCCCCCCCC